AUUGAUGAAAAAAAACAUGUAAAAUAAAAUACAUCCAUUUAAAGUUUCCCAAUUUAGAAGUAUCAUAUAUUUUUGCUGCCAUUGUGCAACAAACAUAACAAGAAAUUAUAUAAAGUCAAACAUAAUUAUCUCUUUUAACUUUAUAUACCUUUUUAAUAAACAAAUAAGCAUUACCACUACCAAAAUGAAUCUAAAAGACCUUUAUGAUGAAGAUAUUAUUAACAAGUCGACAAGACUUGUGAUUGAUCAUUUGAUCAAUGAUCCAGACUACAAUUAUUUUAACAAUCCUAUUCAAAAUGAAGAACAAGAAAGGGUUUGGGAGGAAUUAAAUAAAAGUCCUAAAGUGAAUGAUGAUAAUUUUGGCUUUGAUUUAACUCUUGAAAGAAGAAAAUUAAUAUUCUUAGUAUUCAGCUUUCAUAAUAUUUCUACUUCGAAUCAUUAUCGUUACUUUGAUAAGAAAUAUAUUAGUAGUUUUAUAUUCUUGGAUGAUAUUGAGGAAGUAUUUAAAACAGGUUUUCUGAUCUGUGAGGAAGUCUUGCUUGAUAUAAAACAAGAAAGAAAUCAAAAUGGAAACCCAAUUCCAAAAUCAAUUCUAAGGACUACAUCUUACCUUUUUGGAGUAUCCUGGUCUUUGAAAUUACCCAUGUCUUUGAGAAUUCCUCUUGAACCUGAUCCUAAUGACAAAUCAUACCCUGCAUUUUAUUACAAUUCUAUACUGUCAUCAGAUAAUUUGGUUCCUGAAAUAUUGGAAGAUUAUUUCCAAGUUGCACCAAAAAAUAAUGAUGAAAUAUCUGAUACUUUCUUUGAAGAUUUAAUUGAUAACUUUAGAAUUGACAUCGAUUUAUUACAGCGUAUUGGACUUUUAGGCUUUCAAGAUUCGCCGGGACCUGUGAGGAAUAAAGCAACGGUAUCAUCUUAUAUUAAAAAUUUUAUUUUCUCUCCUACUAAGAACAUAUUGAAUGGGAUUUUCAGCAAGUCUGAAAAUGAAAAUAAUACUAUACUUCUUUCACAACAUGAUGGUUUGCAUCCAGAUGUACCAUCAGACUUUCUCUUUAUAGAUUCUAAAACUAAAUCUAAAAUAAUUCCUGUUGAAAUCAGAAUUAGAGGAGUAUCUGAUGCAUAUGAAUCUAGAAAUGAUCAAAAUCAAACCUUUUGUGAAAUUUUUAAUCAAGUUGCUUAUCUGAUGAUUACCAAUAAUUCUAAAUUUGGAUUUGUAAUGGAUAUGGAAUGUAUAUUGAUUAUUCAAUUUGAAGAUAUCAGAAAUUUAUCCAGAAGAAAAUGUUUUAGGGGUAAUCUGUUUUACAUAAAUUGUCGUAUGAGAUGUAUAAAGUAUCUUGAUUCAGAUUAUAGCAUAACUCUUCUUUUGACAUUAUUAACAAGUCAUUAUUUUGCCAACAUACCUAGAAAUCAACUUACACAUAUGAUAAAUUUAUUGCAAACUUUGGAAAUGACGGUUGAAGAUAAAUUGGCUAUUAGAGCUAAUUAUUACGAUGAGAUUAGAUAUGGAAUUUAAUAAUGGCUAGCUCGAAUUUGAGCACUCUUGUUUUUUCCGCACCACAAAAAAUUUUAGUGACAUACAUCAAAUGUUUCCCAAUUUGGAAAUCUGAAACAUGUUGCUACAAUUAGGUAACAACUUGAAACAUAGCUAUGAACUAUAUAAAAUCAACUGAAAUCCAACGUAAGUUUAUUUAUCUUCUCUGAUGAACAAAAAUAUAUACCAUAUUAUCACUAUAGUCCAAAUGAAGCUCGA